UGCGACAAGGUAAUACUGUAGUAACACUGACCCCGUGUAUAAAGUAUUGUUUGAUUCGUUUCAUGUGGAGGCGGUUGUUCCGGUGCUGGAAAAUGGCGCCGGUUGCUCCAAAACAGAUGGAAGUUAACAUCAAUAACCUCAUUCAAUCUAAUAAAGUGAUGAUUUUUAGUAAAUCCUACUGUCCUUUUUGUGUUAAGGUAAAAAAUCUAUUCACUUCUUUUCCUGUCGAAUACAAUGCUUUAGAGUUGGAUAAAAUAGAUGAUGGUCCAGAACUCCAGAAAAUACUAUCGGGAAUGACAGGAAAAUCUACUGUACCUCAAGUGUUUGUAAACAAAGUUUUUAUUGGUGGUUGCGAUGACACAUUUCAAGCACACAGUGAAGGAAGAUUGAAACAACUUUUACAGAUUGAAACUGAGCAAGAAAACUAUGAUUUUGAUCUUGUUAUUGUGGGUGGUGGUUCAGGAGGAAUUUCUGCUGCAAAAACUGCUUCUACCUUAGGAAAGAGAGUAGCAGUUUUGGAUUUUGUGAAACCUUCCCCAAUUGGAACAUCUUGGGGAUUAGGUGGAACAUGUGUUAAUGUUGGUUGCAUUCCUAAGAAACUGAUGCAUCAAGCUGCAAUACUUGGUCAAUCAAUUAAAGACGCAAGACAUUAUGGUUGGGAAAUUCCAGAUGUUAAGCAUAAUUGGGAAGCAAUGAAAAAUGCCAUACAAGAUCAUAUACACUCCCUAAAUUGGAAAUACAGAGUAGCUCUAAGAGAGAAUGGUGCAAAGUAUAUUAAUGGUUACGGACAGUUUGUUAGUCCUCACAAACUGCAGGUAACUGAUAAAAGAGGAAAAGAAACAUUUAUCACUACAGAUAAGGUCAUUAUUGCAACAGGAGAACGACCUCGUUAUCCGGAUUGUCCCGGAGCUAAGGAAUACGGAAUAACCAGUGACGAUUUAUUUUCACUAUCGUACUGUCCUGGAAGAACGUUAGUGAUUGGUGCAUCUUAUGUAGCUUUAGAAUGUGCUGGAUUUCUCCAUGGAAUUGGAUUAGAUGUCACCGUUAUGGUGCGCUCUAUUUUACUACGUGGUUUUGAUCAAGAGAUGGCUAAUAGAAUAGGCGAUUACAUGGAAAAAGAAGGAAUUAAAUUUAUUCGAAAAUGUAUCCCAGAAAAGAUUGAAUGUCUAGAAAAUGGACAACCUGGACGUUUAAAAGUAACUGGUAAAAUGGUUGAAACCAGUGAAGAAGUAGUUGAUGAAUACAAUACUGUUAUUUUUGCAAUUGGAAGGAAUGCGUGUACAACUGACAUAGGAUUGGAAAAAGUGGGAGUUAAUAUCAAUCCUAAAAAUUUCAAGAUUCCAGCCAUUAAUGAACAAACUAACAUUCCAAAUAUUUAUGCAAUUGGAGAUGUACUUGAAGGAAAACCCGAGCUUACUCCGGUGGCGAUCGAAGCCGGGAUGUUGUUAGCAAAAAGAAUGUUUUCCGGAAGCAAUAUUCAAUGUGAUUAUAUAAAUGUACCUACUACAGUGUUCACUCCGUUAGAAUACGGAUGCGUUGGUUAUUCUGAAGAAGCAGCUAUAGAAAAAUUUGGACGUGAUAACAUUGAGGUCUACCAUACACUAUACACGCCUCUAGAAUGGGAAAUUGCUCAUAGAGAACAAGUUGCCUGUUAUGCAAAAAUUAUUUGUCUUCGAAACGAAAAUGAAAAAAUCAUUGGUUUCCAUUACUUGGGUCCAAAUGCCGGAGAAGUCACUCAAGGAUUUGCAGUAGCGAUAAAGAAGGGCACAACAAAAGAGGAGUUAGAUGCCACAAUAGGCAUACAUCCAACUUGUGCAGAGUUAUUCACAACUCUUAAAACAACAAAGUCAUCGGGGGCCGAACUGUCAAUGAAGGGAUGCUGAAGUUAAAUCCCCAUUUCUCGAAUCGAUCCGUUCCUAACCUAUUUGCAAUUAAACUCAAAUUAAAGCUUGAUUUAAUUAGGAUAUGGAUCAUUUUCGAUUAAUGGGGAUACAAUUUUCCUUUAAAAAAAACGAACACGACAGGUGACUAAUUAGUAUGAUAACAGAUCUCUAAACCUGAAGAGGGUGAGAUUGGUUUGAUGCAUCUGUCCAGUUUGUUUUAACAGUUAUAAAUACAGCAAGCAUGAAAAACCUUUACAUCAUUUAAAGUGUUUUAUAGUUUCCGCUGGCGUUGUAAAAUAUUAAUAAAUAUUUUUUGGAAACACUA